CUUCUGCUACUUCGCCUUCUUCUUCUUUUUUUUUCUCGUUUUCGAACGCGAACGCAGAGUUGAGCGCAAGCAAUCAAAAACCCUAACCCUAGCGGUGUUGCAAUCUAAUCAGAUAAUUCAAUUGGAGAAUUAGAGGAUGGGGGCGAGCCGGAAGCUCCAGGGCGAGAUCGACCGGGUUCUCAAGAAGGUCCAAGAAGGCGUGGAUGUGUUCGACAGCAUUUGGAAUAAGGUUUAUGACACAGAUAAUGCGAACCAGAAGGAGAAGUUUGAGGCCGACUUGAAGAAGGAGAUUAAGAAGCUCCAGCGGUACAGGGACCAAAUCAAGACUUGGAUUCAGUCCAGUGAAAUCAAGGAUAAGAAGGUGAGUGCCUCAUACGAGCAGGCUCUGGUGGAUGCUCGGAAGCUUAUUGAGCGUGAAAUGGAAAGGUUUAAGAUAUGCGAAAAGGAGACCAAAACCAAAGCUUUUUCUAAAGAGGGAUUGGGCCAACAACCAAAAACUGAUCCGAAGGAGAAGGCUAAAUCAGAGACAAGGGAUUGGAUAAACACUGUGGUAGGGGAGUUGGAAUCUCAGAUUGACAGCUUUGAAGCUGAGAUUGAGGGGGUAUCAGUCAAGAAAGGAAAGGGCAGACCGCCUAGACUGACCCAUCUAGAGACAUCUAUUACCCGGCAUAAGGCUCAUAUAAUGAAGUUGGAACUGAUCUUAAGGUUAUUGGAUAAUGAUGAACUCAGUCCUGAGCAGGUCAAUGAUGUCAAAGACUUUUUGGAAGACUAUGUUGAACGUAAUCAGGAGGACUUUGAUGAGUUUAGUGAAGUUGAUGAGCUUUACAGUACCUUACCAUUAGACAAGGUGGAGUCCCUUGAAGAUAUUGUUCCUCCUGGUCUUGUCAAGGGUGCACCGAUGCUUGGCUUGAAGACUUCUUUGGCAGCAUCAGCAUCUCAAAUGCCUCCCAUUGUUAUUACCACUAACCAACCAAGUACUCCUGUACAAGAGCCGGUUGAGGAUACAGUUUCCCAGGAUAACAGUAAUCCUGAUAACAUUGCUAGAACUCCACCUCCUAAAAGCAGUGCACUUGGUUCUGCUGCAUCAACACCAACUGGGAAUCAUGCAACUCCUGUCUCUUUGAAUGUUUCAUCUCUCAGUUUGCCUGGUGUACCAACUGUUUCAGCUGUUGCUGGUUCAAAUGCUGUUCGUGGUGUCACAGAGAAUGCAGGGGCUGCUCGUUCUCCAUCUCCUGUAAGUCUGUCUCCUUCUGUGAAGGAAGAAGAAGUAGCAAGCUUCCCUGGACGUAGAGCAUCACCAUCACUUUCUGAUACUGGAGUUGUGAGAGGCAUUGGUAGAGGUGGCCUCACUGGCCAGAUCCCAUCUAGCAUACCUCUUAGUUCGAGCACUGUGGUUCCUAGUAAUAAUGCCCUGGGUGCAGUCCCCUCUGCUACUGAUGUAGCAAAGAGAAAUAUUUUGGGAGCUGAUGAGAGACUUGGAAGUAGUGGUGUGGUACAGUCUCUUGUUUCCCCUCUGAGCAACCGGAUGAUCUUGCCUCAGGCUUCCAAACCCAGUGAUGGAACUGGGCCAGUUGAUUCUAGUAAUACAAGUGAGGCUACUGCUAUACCUGGCCGAGCAUUUUCCCCUUCUAUGGUCUCUGGCAUGCAAUGGAGGCCCGGAAAUUCCUUCCCAAACCAGAAUGAAGCGGGAUUGUUUCGUGGAAGAACGGAAAUAGCACCUGAUCAGAGGGAGAAGUUCUUGCAGCGGCUCCAGCAAGUGCAGCAACAAGGUCACAGUACCAUUCUUAGCAUGCCCACUCUUGCUGGUGGAAAUUCUAAGCAGUUUUCUACUCAGCAGCAGAAUCCACUCUUGCAACAGUUUAAUUCUGCAAGCUCAUCUGUACCUUCUCAAGCUGGCAUGGGACUUGGGGUAGGUCUUGGGACUGUUUCAUCUACUGCCUUACAGCAGCAGCUAAAUUCCAUCCACCAACAGUCUCCACAGGCUAAUCCACAGGCAUUGAUGUCAAGUGGACCAAAAGAAGCUGAUGCUGGUCAUCCAAAAGUUGAGGACCAGCAGCAACAGAAUCUUCCUGAUGACUCGACGUCUGAAUCUGCUCCUAGUUCUGGGCUCGUAAAGAAUCUAAUGAAUGAGGAUGAUAUGAAAGCCUCAUAUGCAAUUGAUUCUCUGACUGGCGUUUCUAGCUCUUUGACUGAGUCUUCUCAAGUACCUCGAGAUAUCGAUCUCUCUCCUGGGCAACCUUUGCAGUCGAGUCAACCUUCUGCUAGCCUUGGUGUUAUUGGCCGAAGAAGUGUUUCUGAUCUUGGUGCAAUUGGCGAUAACCUCUCCGGAUCAACUGCCAAUUCUGGGGCAAUGCAUGAUCAGUUGUAUAAUUUGCAGAUGCUUGAGGCUGCUUAUUACAAACUUCCACAACCCAAAGACUCUGAACGUGCAAGAAGCUACACUCCAAGGCACCCUGCAAUAACUCCUCCUAGCUAUCCCCAAGUUCAAGCACCUAUAGUUAAUAAUCCUGCUUUCUGGGAACGUUUGGGUUCUGAACAGUAUUCUACUGAUACACUGUUCUUUGCAUUUUACUAUCAGCAGAACACUUACCAGCAAUAUUUGGCUGCCAAAGAGUUGAAGAAGCAAUCUUGGAGAUACCACAGGAAAUACAACACUUGGUUUCAACGACACGAAGAGCCAAAAGUUGCUACUGAUGAAUAUGAACAGGGUACAUAUGUGUACUUUGACUUCCAUAUUGCCAAUGAUGAUCUACAACAUGGAUGGUGUCAAAGGAUCAAAACCGAGUUUACCUUUGAAUAUAACUAUCUUGAAGAUGAACUUAUCGUAUAGAAGAUGUUCAGUGGAUAGCACAACAUUGAGAAUAUCAUGUCAGCUUCCUGGUUCAGACUGUAGCAGUGCGGGGUUUGCAAUGCCUGCUGUUUCUGUUUCGUUUCUUGAUGAUUACAUGGCUACUAGUGCUAAUUGUAUCUAGUUUCUAAUCUCCUAAUCGUUAGGAUGACAUUUCUGUGUAUAAUGAAGUGGAUUGUUAUUUCGUCAUUUUUGACGUAUUAUGUUAUCUAUAUAGUUUUAAGUAGCAAUGUUGAAAAGCUGUUGUUUG